UUAAAUUUUUUAUUUUUUACACAAACUUAAUUAAUUAGUUUAUUUAUAGAUAUAUAUUUAAAAUUUGAUAAUUCGACGAUGACUCCUGGAUUGGGUCAUGAUCCUUUGUCCAGUUACAAUAUAACGGCUCUCGGUAAUACAGCUUUAUGUCUGUGGCAACAACCACAACACAUCCUCUUUCAAUUGGCUAAUUUCUGCUUUGUAUUAUCCUACUCGGCACCAUCAUCAAAAAAGGGAAUACUUUUUAUGCAUACUGUUCUCAUUGUUGGUUUUAUGCUGUUAUCUGGAUGGGCAUGGCACGUAAUCUGUGCACCAGAUAUAUUUUCCUGGAAUUUUGCCUUUCUAGUAUUAAAUAUUGGCCAACUAGUUUACAUUGUUUAUCAAAUGAGACCAGUACACUUUGAUCCAGAGCUCGAAGAAGUUUAUCAUACGUUAUUUUAUCCAUUCAAGGUCUCUCGGAUGCAAUUCAAGAGACUAGUGUCACCAGAAUUUGCAACAAUAAUGUCACUUCAUGCAGGUGAAGCUUAUGCAAUGCAAAAUCUAACGAGAACAGACAGACUGGGACUAUUAUUAAGUGGAAAAGUUAAUGUUCUCAGUGAUUCAAAUUAUCUUCAUCCAAUUCUUCCGUGUGAAUUUUUGGACUCACCUGAAUUUGAAAGCUCUCGUGCUUCUGUUGACGAUAAAUUUAAAGUUUCUAUUGUUGCAGCAAGCUCAUGUAGAUAUUUGUACUGGCAAAGAUCAGCUUUAGAAUAUUUAUUAGUAAAAGAAGCAUACUUAGCAACUGUUUUAACAACUUUAGUGGCGAGAGAUAUUGCUACUAAACUCUAUGCUAUGAAUAAUAAGAUAGUUACAGAUAAAGGCUCCCAUUUAGAUAUAAGACUGCCAACGAUAAGUGCCGGUUUAAAUAUGACUGGGGAAUACCGAAGUCCACGUGCAUCUCGACAAGCUUUAAUGCGUCGUAAAGAAGGCAAACCAACCACCAAUAAUGUGGGUGGUGCUAAACCGAAAGAAAGGCCGGCUAAUAACCUGACGAAACUUGGCGCGCCUAACAUGGAACCGCUACCAGAGAUCCCGUCUUGUGAUGAUUUAGCUUCCAGUGGGGUUGAGAGCUGGCUCGAAUCCUCCAGCAAGUAUCACAGCUGUGAAAUUGUUGAUGAAGAGUAG